GUUAAAAUCAAUAGUCCGGUUCGCAAACCCUAGUUUUAAGAAAUUUAAGUGAUUUUUUCGAGAUUUUCGUAUAACGAUUCAUAGAUUUUACCUUUGAGCCAAAAUUAGUGAAUCAAAAAUCAAAAAGCUCAAAUCGGCCAUGCUCAGAUCCAGCCUUGCUUCCUUAAUCGUCGACCUCAAUUUGCGGCGCACGUUACGUCAUUCUUCCCCGGCGGCGCAUCUUAGCCGUUCCUCAGGCUGCGUUUUCGCUCCCCGUCACUCCUCCCAUAAAGCUAUAACCUUUAGGGUUCAGCGAUGUCGUCCCCACCACCGCGUAACACCCUCCUUCUCUUCCUCUUCAUACCCACCACCACCCUCCUCUUCCUCCAAAGUUCUUACACUGCCCACCGUCUUAACCCUUUGUCUUGUAGUCUUUUCGGGAUUGAUUGUGUUUUUCAUGUUAAAGUCUUCACCUUUUUGUUGUUGCUUCUCACUACUUCUUUUGGGAUUGUGUUGUUGCUUGUAGCGUUCUACGUUGAUGGUUGGUGGGGAGCAACUGCCACCACAAGCAUCUUCGUUGCAGCAGCCGUUACUGACUGGCUUGACGGCUAUCUUGCACGCAAGAUGAAGUUAGGUUCUGCGUUUGGAGCGUUUUUGGAUCCUGUUGCAGAUAAGCUUAUGGUCGCAGCUACACUCAUCUUACUGUGUACAAAACCUAUCGACGUUGCUGUGUUAGGACCAGUCCCAUGGUUACUAACGGUACCGUCUAUUGCAAUCAUUGGUAGAGAGAUUACAAUGUCCGCAGUGAGAGAAUGGGCUGCAUCUCAAAAUGGAAAGCUUCUAGAGGCCGUUGCGGUUAACAACUUGGGAAAGUGGAAAACCGCCACGCAGAUGACAGCACUAACCAUACUUCUCGCAAGCCGGGACCGCAGCGUUGGAUGGCUCGUUGCUUCCGGUGCUGGGUUGCUUUAUGUAUCAGCAGGACUAUCGGUUUGGUCUUUACUCGUUUAUAUGAGGAUGAUAUGGAAAGUACUGCUGAAGUAGGUUGUAAUCUAUCUAUCUAUCGGUUUUGUUUUGCUUUAAACCUGCAUUUGCAUAUAAGCAUUGAUGGAGUGUCUCGCUCAUAGUCUGUACAGUAGCACAAGAUUUGAAUAUGCUGUUGAGCAGGAAUCUUGUGGGGGAAAUGAUUGAACAGCAGGUAGUAAUGAAGCAGUUGUAGUAGUUUGAGAAUAUGCUAGAUGGUUUUGCUCUGCUCUGCACUUAGCAGCUUCUUGUUUAAUUAAUAAUAUUUUAUUGAAAAAAAAGUUCUUGUAUGAUGUUUUUGUUAUUAUUAAAAAGAGAAUAGAAGAUUAUUGUA